UAUGAAGCGGUUGGAUUCAGGAAUUGUGAGGAAUACGAAGGAUACGUUCGUUGUGAUAUUGGUAAAAGGAUUAUUAGACCAGUUAACAUUCAUGAUCUAUCUGGUCGACCAAUCAGAAUUUUAGAAACUUUGUUUCUGAAACAAGUUUGCCCCAAAAAACAAUUAAUUACUCCUUAUUUGAGACAUAUUUAUUUUCAACAACGUGUCGAUG